CGAACGCUCCGAGAGGUCGUGGAGGUGACUGAAGGCAAAACGACCACAAUUGAAGGGAGAAUUAUAGAUGAUGCUGCAGCACCAAUUCCUCCAAACCCCUCUGGCCAGUGUCCCAUCUGUCGCUGGAACCUGAAGCAUAAAUAUGAUUAUGUGGAUGUCUUGCUGCUGAGUCAGUUUAUCCGGUCUGAUGGAGGGCUGCUGCCACGAAGGAUCACAGGCCUCUGUCUGGAGGAGCACAAGAAGAUUGCUGUCUGCGUGCAGAUGGCUCACCGUGCAGGUUUGUUGCCAAACCACAGGCCUGCACUUCCUGAAGGGCAUAUUCCCAAGAAACCCAAGUUCAACAGGUAUCUGACCCGCUGGUCCGUCAGAUCUGCAAAGCCCAUCUGGACGAGGGGCCCUAAGUGGUGCAAAAAAACCAUGCCAGUCGGACACCCUUUGCUGAGGGAUAAUGUCAAAUAUACACACAAGCCUCUCUGUUUAAACCACUAG